AUGGGUCAUCAAACAAAUGGUGAUAUCAAGAUGCAAAAUUAUAAGGUAAGGUUUCAAAUACUCAUUUUUGAAGAAUAAAAAAUUACUAGAACACGUUAUAUCACUAAAAUGUGAACAUAAUACGUAUUUUCCUAUUUAUAAAUGUUCAUUUCUCGAUACACUAGAUUCAAAAAUGACUCUUCUUCCUGUGAGCUAAUUUUUGUUCUAAAAAACUAAUUUUCUGUAUUUGCAGAAAGGUGCUCGGGUUUGGCAUCGCCAUCCGCAGUUGAUUUGGAUUGGCGGGCAGUUGGAGCACGACGUCACUUUCGAGACGAAGAAAGUUCGACUGAAGCUCGACGAUGAUACGGUAAGUUUUGAAUAUCUCGUCUUCAAACUCUUUUUCAUAUUUACUUACUGACUCAUUUUGGGCUUUGAAAGAUUUUUCUUAUCAUACGCAUAAUUGAAUUCAAAUAUGAUAGAUCUUCUUCAAAAGAAUCAUCAAAUCAUGCAUCUGCUUAAGUACAUUCUGAAAAGAAAACCUGCAAAAAUCUGCGAAAUUAUGAUAGAUAGGAAAAGUGUUCGAAAAAAGUUAUCAAGAAUAUUUUUGCAGACCGCCGAAUUCGAUAUCUCGUCAUUGCAACAAUUACCGUAUCUGAGAAACCCGCAACUUCUGGUUGGAAAGAAUGAUCUCACGCUAUUAUCAUAUUUGCAUGAGCCUGCAAUUCUGCACAGCUUGCAAUUUCGAUUUGUGGAUCGACAAACAAUAUACACAUAUUGUGGAAUUGUUUUGGUCGCAAUAAAUCCAUAUUCGGAUUGUUCACAUUUAUAUGGCGAAGAUACAAUUCAAGUUUAUCGAGGAAUCGGAAAAUCGGUUCGAGAGCUCGAUCCACACAUUUUCGCAGUCGCCGAAGAAGCAUUCUUUGAUAUGCGCGAAUUCUCGAAAUCGCAAUCAAUUAUUGUUUCUGGAGAAUCUGGAUCGGGAAAAACGGUGUCAGCGAAAUUUGUGAUGCGAUAUUUGGCAUCUGUGGCAUCAUCGAAUAAAAAUGAAGUGACAGCUGGAAUUGAGCAAAGAAUAUUAGCGAGUAAUCCAAUUAUGGAGAGUAUCGGAAACGCCAAAACAAUUCGAAAUGACAAUUCGUCUCGUUUUGGAAAAUUCAUUCAAAUAAACUUUGCUGAUAAUGGAAAACGAAUUGAGGGAGCCGAAAUCAAGACAUAUUUGAUCGAAAAAAGUCGACUAGUGUUCCAAGCACCCGGUGAACGAAAUUAUCACAUCUUCUACCAGAUGUGUGCUGCAAGACGUCAUCCAAUUGUUAAAGAUUUGCAUUUGGGCGAUUUUGAAUCAUACCGUUAUCUUGUGCAAGGUGGAGAUAGUCAAAUUCCCGGAGUUGAUGACAAACAUGAUUUUGAUGAUCUUGUGAAUGCUCUCGGUCUUCUUGGAUUUGAUGAAAAGCAAAGUGCAGAUGUCUUCCGUCUUCUCGCUGGUAUUCUUUUGCUCGGAAAUGUUCAAUUCUAUAAUGAAGAAGGUUGUUCAGCAAUUGACGUGAGUUUUCAUUAUUUUUAUUCGAAAUUUUGAGCAUAUCUAAAAACAUUUUUUUUUCAGGCAUCUUCAUCAACUGAAAUCGCUCAACUCUGUUCACAAAUUUGGAAUAUUGAUGAGAACGCAUUGCGAAUUCGGUUGACACAACGAGAAAUUCGGGCUGUCAACGAAAUUGUCACCAAAAAAUUGACAAAAGAUGAAGCGAUUCGAUCGCGAGAUGCACUAGCAAAAUUUGUCUACUCCCAGCUUUUCAGUUAUAUGAUUCAUCAAAUAAAUGGAGCGCUAAAUGAAACCGUGACUAUUCAAGAGAAUAUCGAGCGCUUCAUCGGAGUUCUCGAUAUUUAUGGAUUCGAAAAAUUUGAGACCAACUCAUUCGAGCAGUUUUGCAUAAAUUUUGCGAAUGAAAAAUUGCAAAAUUACUUCAAUAAUUAUGUUUUCAAAUUGGAACAAGAAGAAUAUUUGAGAGAAGAAAUUGAUUGGGUUCGAGUCGAUUUUUUUGAUAAUCAACCUGCUAUUGAUUUAAUUGAAGGACCAAUCGGAUUAUUGAGUCUACUCGAUGAACAAUGCAAAAGAUUGAAUGGAAGUGAUGUUGAUUUGCUCAGUCAAUUGAACAAUAGUUCCGAUUUGAAUAGAAAUCCACAAUUGGCAUUUCCACUAGUUCGAUGUGAUGAUUUCAUUGUUCGCCAUUUUGCAGCCGAUGUCACAUAUUCAAUCAAUGGAUUCGUUGAGAAAAAUCGAGAUGCGAUUGGCGAACAAUUGAUGAAACUCGUCACAUCGAGUCAAUUCGAGUUAAUGCAAAAUAUUUUUGGAACUGGAAAACCAAUAUUGGAUCAAAGUGGUAAUCGAACAAUUGCCAGUCAAUUUAGAAGUUCGCUGAAAGAGUUGAUGAAUGUUUUGGAUGCGACAACACCGCAUUACGUGCUAUGCGUCAAACCGAAUGAUAGCAAAACCAGGUAUUUAAUUAGUUUUUGUUUUAUUGAACUUUUGUAAUUUUUUGCUUUUUUUCCAGUUUUGCAUUCGACCACAUUCGAGCCAAUGAUCAACUUCGAAAUUUCGGCGUUCUGGAAAUUGUUCGGAUUUCGGCUGCCGGAUUUCCUUCGCGAUUUAAAUAUGAUGAUUUCGCUCGAAGAUAUGCAAUUGCUUAUACAAAACAAGAAGUUUCAUUUUGCCGAGAUUCACCGAAAGCAUUGUCGAAAAUCGUAUGCGAAGAAUAUUUGGAAAAAGGAACCUUUGAAUUUGGAAAAACCCAACUUUUCCUGAAAAUUGGACAAAUCGCACAUUUGGAGAGAAUCCGAGAGGAAAAAAUAUCGGCAGCAAUUGUUAUUCAGAAACUUUGGAGAGGGAUCAUGACUCGGCGGAUUUAUAAGGAUUCGAAAAUCGGGAAAAGCAAUGAUAUUGAAGUGAAAAUGGUAAUAAUUUAUUGAAAUUGGAGGGGAUCACUGAAAUAACAAUUUCCCCACGUCUGAAAAAAUUUUAGAGAGUUACAAUUUCGCCACGGGUACAAUUUUUUUGACAACCUAACCAACAUUUUUAAUUUCCAGUUAUCGCCGAGCUCAACGAUUCAAUCACAAGAUUUGACGAUUUCGUCUGAUGAGAAAAAUAUUGGUGUGGUGAAUGAAGAAGAAAGACCAACGUGUUUGGGAUGUAACGUCGGAUACCGGGUGAGCGAUGUUUUCCCCGAAUGUUUUGGGAGGAUUUUGUAGGGCAAAAAGAAACGCGUUUCGAAACUACUUCUCUGACUGUUUGGGUUCCAAAAAAGUUUCACCAAAAACCAUUUUCUGCACAAGCCUGUCAGAUUGUUCAGUCGUUCUUUUACAUACUUAAAAAAAAUCCGCAUUGUGCGUCAUUAUCUUCAACUUUCUACAAACCUUAUCUUCAGGUGUCAAGCCCGAAGGAGAGGUAGAAAAGAAAGUAAGAUCAGAAGCAUUUCAAAACCGAUUCAUUUUUUUCUAAAAUUAUGGUGCAGAAGGAUUUUUGACAUGAAGUAGAAAAGAGAUUUUUAAAAUUUAGAUAUCUUUCAAAAAUGAACAUUGGGACACAGAGAACUACCAUAUUUUCAUUUUCAAAAAUCAAUCUAAAACACACUUCUAAAAAAAUACUGUUAUGGCAAAAGUUCCUAGAAAAUUUUCAUUAAUUCAGUUCAACGCACAUUCUAUUUUUGUUGUCAAUUUGCUAAUCAAGAAAAAGUAACACAAAAUAUUUGCAGGCCACUUCAACUUGUAAUAUCUGCAAAUUUCUAUGCAUCAAUUGUUUUAUGGCACAUUCAUCGAUGAAGUUCUUCCAAAGCCACGAUGUCAAAUUGUUGGAUGAAACUGUGGAUGAUUGUUGUAUUGACAAAAAGGACGAUGAAAUUACGAGAUCACAUUGUCAAGAUUCUUCUAGAAAUCGAACUGAUUCGGAUUUACACGAGGUUUGUAUUCCAUAAUAUUUAUGAAAUCGGAAGAAAUCAAGCUAAUGUAAAAUGCAAUCGGAUGAGAGGAGGAGAUUUAGAGAAAAUAAUGCACGGCUCUUUUAUUUUUGCGCGAACUCUUCUUACCCCGCUUCAUUUUUCCAAAAGCUUCGGCGUUUCCUAGAAUGUUGUGCAAUUUUUCGAUUAUAAAGUAAAUGGGCUCAAAAAAUCGCAAAAUUACUAUUUUUAGUGAAAACUAAAUUAUACGGAUGAGAGUUCAUUUUUGGCUGGAUUUUAAAAAUCAAUUUUAGAAAUUUGGAUUUAAAGUUUGAAGAACAAUGCAAUUUCGAACUGAAAAUUCAAAAUUUCCACGUCAUAUGUCAAUUUAUUCCAGUUUUCGAUUUCUUAUUUUAUUCUAUUUUCAGUCAAGUUGUGGCAAAAUAAUUCAAUGUUUUCAAAAAUAAAACAAUAGGUUUUGACAAAAUUUUGAAAUCAAUAAUUUAUUGAAAGCUCAAGUGCACAGGAUAAUAUCAGGUGACUAAUUGUCUGCCGAGCGUCAGUUAGUCGUAAGUUUGUCGGCGAAAAUAUUGUGUGUUUCCCGGAGAUGCAGACGAAAAAGUUUCAGGCGACUAAUCAGAAGUUAGUCGUCGAUUAGUCGCCUGAAUCAUUUCGUCUGCGUCUCCAGAAAUACACCAUAUUUCGAAAAUUCUGCCGACGUACUUACGACUAAUUUACGAUUGGCAGCCGGUUAGUCGCAGGAUUUCUCUGAGUAGAUUGUCCGAAUCUAUAUUAAAGAAAAGUUGAAAAAAGCAAUUUUAUAGAGCCCGAGCUAUUUUUCCCAGUCUCUCCAUUUCUCAAACACUUUUUCUCGGGCUCUAUGAAAUUGAGAAAGCUUUUUCGCAACUUUUUAUAUAGAUUCGGACAUGGUUAUUUCUGGGUUGCCGGUCCAUUUAAGAAUUAAUCAAAACCAAGAUUUCGUUUGAAAUUGCUCAAAAAUCGACUGUAAAUUUAGAAAAGUGGAAAAAUUUGGAUCUUAUUAAAACACUCCAAUUUCCUGCAGGAUUUUUGCGGCAAAGUUAGCAACCCAAAUAUCGGACCAAAAAUCUCGAUAAAAUUGAAAAAUCUGGAUUUCUAAUGCUUAAAACAAGAUUUUUGUUAGAAAAUCAAGAAAUUAUCAGAACUUUGGCCCCAAAAUAAUUUGAUCGAAAAACACUCAAAAUAUUGCAUGUUUUUCUGAAUUUCCAAAAAAAAUCUGAGCAUUUUUGAAUUCCAAUCGAAAAUUUUGAAUUUUUUUCCAAUUUUUAAAAUAAUUCCGCAACAAGCGGAUUGAUAUUUAAUAGGUUUUCAAUUAGUAGAUUAUUAGUAGAUUAGUAGAUUUCUGUAGAUUCUUAGUAGAUUUCUGGGUUGCCGGUCCAUUUAAGAAUUAAUCAAAACCAAGAUUUCGUUUGAAAUUGCUCAAAAAUCGACUGUAAAUUUAGAAAAGUGGAAAAAUUUGGAUCUUAUUAAAACACUCCAAUUUCCUGCAGGAUUUUUGCGGCAAAGUUAGCAACCCAAAUAUCGGACCAAAAAUCUCGAUAAAAUUGAAAAAUCUGGAUUUCUAAUGCUUAAAACAAGAUUUUUGUUAGAAAAUCAAGAAAUUAUCAGAACUUUGGCCCCAAAAUAAUUUGAUCGAAAAACACUCAAAAUAUUGCAUGUUUUUCUGAAUUUCCAAAAAAAUCUGAGCAUUUUUGAAUUCCAAUCGAAAAUUUUGAAUUUUUUUCCAAUUUUUAAAAUAAUUCCGCAACAAGCGGAUUGAUAUUUAAUAGGUUUUCAAUUAGUAGAUAUUUCGAGAGAACUGUUUCAUUUUUAUUUCAACAGGGGAUAUCAGAAAAUGACAAUAAACAUUGUUUAUAGGAAAAACUGUCCUCAUUGAAACUCAUUGAAACAUUGAUCGUCUCUGUAAGAAAUUGCAAAUCAAAAGUAAAAAGGGAUAUAUGUAUCAAUAAUUUGGAAGAUAUUCAACAAAUUACAAGUUUGCAAGAUGAAGAAGAAAGAAUUGGGGAAAUAGAGAAAAAGAUCGAUGAUUAUGAUAAAAUGGUGAAAGAAGAAGAAAUGUUCAUGUUUCGAGAAAUGAAAAAUGUUUUGAACGUGGAAUUGAUGAAUGUAAAAGAAGAAAUUGAUCGAAGAAACAAGAAUUUGGUGAGUUUUUUCAAAAAGGCAUGGUAAACAUAGUCCAGAAAGCCAGGACAGCUUUUUGUAUCAAUUUAAGCUCGGGGUGGGGGCGGGGUGAGACGAAAAAAAAAGUUGUCGCAAUGUUAAAGGCUUCCCAAAAGUAGUAAAACCUCCAAGGGAUUUUUUCUGGAAACGCCCAGAAAAAAUGUUCCAUGAAUUAGAUACCACGUUGAAAUUAUUCGCUAAACUUUUGGACAUCGCAUAAGUUGAAAAAAAUCCAUGGAAUAUUUUUUUCGGACCUUUUUAGGCCUUUCGAGAAAAAAUCCCGUGGGGCUUUUACUAUUCAAAGGGGGCCCGAUCUUUUGAGCUAAUUAAAUUUGUCGUCUUACCUUUUUUAGCUAUCACAUUUUACAGGAAGCAGUCCAAAAAUUCUACACAUUGGCAAUUGAAGAAGUCAAAAAUAUCACCAAAAUACAAAGUUGUGAUUUCGGUUGGGAUUUGCUGGAAGUGAAUCGGUCGAAUUCUGAAUUCUACAAGAAUAAAUUGACUGAAAAAACUGAUGAAAUUUCCGAAAGGAUUAUAAAAACGGAAGAGAUUUUGAAUUAUGGAAUGAUGAUAAGCAAUGAUGAAAUAUCAAUCUUGCAAGUUGUGGAAAGUUUGGAGAAUCAUCGUAAAUCUUUGAAAAAUGUAUAUAUUUGUUUGAAAUAUCAUCAAAAAGAUUUGGAUGGUUUUAUUUCGUUCUCGAAAAAGAUGGAAAAUAUUGAAGAUUUCCUGAAAAAUCAAGAAGUCUUACUCUCAAAUUCCGAUGAUUCGUUCAGUAUUGAAGAAAUAAAUUUCAAUGAAAAAGAACUCUCAAAAGUGAAGAAUAAUUUGGAAAACAUGAUUCAGUGCUGUAAAAAAAGAAAUUCAAAAGGAUAUUGUGACACAAGAAUAGUCAACACUAUUGCUGAUUUUUCCAUCCAAAAUGACACAUAUUUCAAAAAGGGAGAUGAGGUCAAAGUUCUUUUUUCAUCAGGAAGAUCGUUUUCAAUCAAAACAAAAAAUGGUUAUAUUUAUUCGGUUCCGUCAUUUUUUUUCGAACACAACAUAUCUUAUGAUUCGGUUUCGGAUUCUUCCAAAAGACUUUUUCAAAUUACGGAAAAUGUUGGGAAAGGAUGGCAAUUUAGGAAACAAGUACUCAAUUUUGAUGCUGUUGAGGUAUUUUUUUUCUAAAAUUCAUGAAAACUUUUUAUGAAAAAAUUGCCUUCAUCGUUGUUUUGUAGUAAUUUCUCCAGAUUUAAAAGUUUUUUGAUCGUGUAGAAGUGAAAUUCUGCCAAAUAUUGUGACGCAUUUUUCAUACUAGUUUUUUUUCCUCUGAAAUUUUUGUUUCGGAAUUAUAUACAUUUCAGAGUUAACUGCGAGAAAAUUCAAAAGCAAAAUAUUAUUUAAACAAUUUUCCGAAAAAUCUCCCCUACAUAUAAAAAACGCACAAACUAAAUGAAUCGGACAUUUGUCCGCAAUGACAUCAUGAUCCAAUAUCCAAAAAAUUCAAAAUAUUUUGUAGUAUUCAACAAUAUUCAUUAUUUUUAUUUAGCAGGUUCGCGGAGAAUUCGGUGAAGAAAUCGAAGGAGAAACGAGUUCAUUGAAUGGUGGUUUCGAGCAAGCGAAUUCGGAUAGUUGGCAGAUAGGUGAGGUUUUCGAAACACAUAUUUAAAGCAACACCCUUGUAUAAUAAGGCCAUUGCGAAAUGUUUCCAACCUCCAAAAUAUAUAAAAUUAUUAAAAAAAUUUUUCAAACUUAACAAAAAAUUCCGCAUUUCCCGAAUUUCCAAGCAAAACGUAAUAUAUAUUUUGGGUAAAAUUAAAAGAAAUGUUUUAUGUAAAAAUACUGAAAGUUUUUCAGUGAAACACCAAUGAAUUUUUGUUCAAGAAUAUUCUUUAGAAAAUGUUAUCCUGAAAUGUAAAAAAACCUAGAGAAGUUGCAACUUUGCAACAACGUUGAUAUUGAUAUUUCGCCCUAAUUAUUGUUUUCUUCUCAAUUUGGCUCCUCAUAAUUUGUUUUGAAUGUGAUUUGGAAAUUAUUCAAUAUUAUUGGAUUUUCAGGCAUUUGGAAAAUACUUCCAAUUCCAAGAUGAAGUUAACUUUGCCAAAUGUUAAUCUUUUUGUAAUCCAAUAUUUUCAGGUCUGAUAUAUGAUUUUUUUCGAAUUCACAGUAACCCAAAAUUUUAAUUUUUCAAGAAAUAACCAUUUUUUUGAAAUCAAAUUAUAUGUGGCGCCGAAUUAUAUUCGAAGAAUCUCAAAAAGUGACUUUUGGUUCAAAAAAGAUCAAUUCAGAAAAUGUUCCGAAAAUGAGCCAUGGAACAUCUUGCGGAACAUUUCUAAUGCGUCACAUUUUUCAAAUGACGCAUGUUCAGUUUUUUGAAAUGCUCCACAUUUUUGAAGUGAAACAUUUCUAUUUUUAUUUUUUGCGUUUCAUUUCAAAAUGAAGCACAAUUCAAAAAUUGAAAAUGGGACACGUCAAAAAUAAAACGCUUUUGUAAUUUUUGGAAGAAAUGGGUUUAUGACACUGUGUCGAAAAAAUGUUCCAUUAGGAAACUCUGAUAUAUUUCAUACCUUUUCAGAUCAUGCUGCUGAAUUUUUUGUAUCAAGAUUUACGACUUGCUGA